GCGCGCGCGGGGGGGGGGAGGAUGGUAAUUUGGGACACGAGAGAAGGCAGGCGGGGAGAGGGAAAGGAGGGAGCGGGUAGAGCAAGAGCGCAAAGCGGAAAGAAAUACCUUCUUUCCUUUUCGGCAAAAACGAUCGACCUCACACUCGAACCCGAUUGUGACCAUGCUCCAUGCCGACAUUAUAAGGGCAAAUGAUACUCGACUCACUACUCAUCUGCGAGCAUAUACCCAUAAUUACGCGAAGAUCAUCGCGCUCAUCAAACCGGCAACGCCGCAAUAUUAUCAUAAUCAUCAUUAUCAUCAUUAUCGUCAUCAUCAUCCUGAUUUUCUCCCCACUGACCUUACUCCGAGGUCAUGUCUUAUGCUCACCGGAUUGGGUCACUGUGUAGAUCACCUUCACUAUGGAGAUAUAAAAACUGCCUGCAGCUGUCAAUCCCUUGUGGUUCAGUGCCACGCAUACGCCUCGGGUUGGGGACCCAUUCAAAGCCCUGACCAAUGCGUAUAGAGCGCACUCCUGAUUUGCCACCUUCAUGGAACGACGCUCCUCGAUCGAUGAAAUGACCCCCCUGGGUGGGUUCGAUUGCUCA